AUGAGCCUUCCAACCGCACCCGCUACCCUAACGCUCACACAGUGCCUCCUCAGUUCCGAGAACUACGAUGAGUGGUUCUUCGAACUCACUUCCAUCAUCCUUGCCGGUGAGAAUAUCACCGAAAUGGCGAUUCACUGCGCGCAAGUUGAAACGGCAACGGCCAUGAAGGGACUCCAUCGAUCUUACAAGACCUGUUCGUAUGGCACGGCGUUCAGCCGGGCAUCCCAUACUCGAAUAUGCGCGAGUUGCUUGAGCAACACACUGGCCGGGCUUGGUCACCAAGUACCCGCACUACCUCGGCUCGGCGCCGAUCGCCACAGCUACACCAGUGUAUGGCUCCACUGCCGCUACCGCGGUCUAGCGCAUUGGCGCUUCUGGCAUUUCGCGAUGGCGCAAAGCAGCGAGAUGGCUAUGCAGAAGAGGCUGAUGUACCCUGGGGGACACAAGGCCACGAUCCGUGUCGGAUUGGUGUGGCUACUGCCUGACCUCAGGCAGCCACUCGACGUACACCUGCACGAAGCUUUCCGGUGCGUGCCACCAGAAUGCGGAGCUUCAACACUUUGUGUUCCCGCGGUCCAAGCGGUCACUGUGGUGGCAAACGCCACGGCAAAGGUUGCGGGUGUGGUGGAGGAGCUGGAGCAUCCUUCCUCAACAUCAUUCGCCAAGAUUACGCAUCCAGCGGCCCACCCGGUCACGCAUCAAGCCGUCAACCAGGCUACGCUCCCAGUGAUCGUCCUGGCUACGCAAGAGUGGGUCAAGGCGGCCAUUCCGCCUACGCCAGUUCGAACUACAGCGGUUGUCGCGACGAUCAACGAGAGUCUCUCAGGCGACCAGUACCGCGACUACCGCGAAGACCGCGGGUAUCAUCGCGAAUUCUGCGGCUAUUACCGCGACGACCGCAGCCGCAGCGUGCCGCCAGCGAACCAAGGAUAUGCCCCACCAGGACCAAUCGCCCAGCGCUCCAAAUGA